GUUAUUCGAUAUCAAUUCGCCUGUCUUGUCAGCGUUGAAUAUUGUACCUACUUGUACUGUACGGCGAAAAGUAAAACGGCAAAAGUAACACUUGUAUUAUCACUACUUGAAGUCUCAAAGCACUUGCAAGUAUUCGAGGUUAAUUAUAAUUGUGAUUCGUAUAAUAUUAGCGCGUACGCGACCGCGGCUAUUGCAUAAUUCUACUUGUUCAUCUUGUACGAGUUCUAUUCGCCACAGAUGUGAACAUCAAGUGUACUGGCUACUGGUAGUCGGCUGUCGGCGGAUGUCCGUGUUUACCAAUGUGGAGUACGGUACCAUGAGUACCUUACCUGUAGUGUACCGUACCCGAGACUCGUACGUUGAUGCGAUGCGACGCGUUUGGCAUUGAAUCGAUCGCUCGAUUCGUAUACACUCGUACCUAAACCUACCCAUCGAUCAGAUCUCAAGCGAUAGCAGCGAACAACAAAGAUGACUCCGCAAGAAUAUCUGCUGGUUCCAUUCGAAGCGGACAGAGCGCAAAGUAAUGGCGGCAAGUACGACGCUGCUUCAGAUACGCGCCGCAAACAAACGUACUUUAAUGAAAACAAGGUUUUGAUACCGGAAGGGAGAGAAGGAUUCAGUUUUCGAAAACUAUGGGCAUUUACGGGACCUGGUUUUCUCAUGAGCAUCGCGUACUUAGAUCCGGGCAAUAUAGAAUCGGAUUUGCAGUCUGGCACCAAGGCCAUGUACAAGCUGUUAUGGGUAUUGCUGAGUGCGACAAUACUGGGCUUGGUCAUGCAAAGGUUAGCCGCUCGUUUGGGUGUCGUUACGGGACUGCAUUUAGCCGAAAUGUGCUACAGACAAUAUAAUAAAAUACCGCGAAUCUUCGUCUGGCUGAUGAUGGAAAUUGCCAUCAUUGGUUCCGACAUGCAGGAAGUCAUCGGAACCGCCAUCGCCUUGUUCCUUUUAUCCAACAAAGCGAUUCCACUGUGGGCCGGAGUUGUGAUCACCGUGUUCGAUACGUUGACAUUUUUGCUGUUGGACAAGUACGGAUUGAGAAAGUUGGAAUUUUUCUUCGCUUUCUUGAUCGCGGUGAUGGCUUUAUCGUUUGGUUACGAGUUUGUUGUUGUUGGACCAAAAGCCACGGACGUGUUGACAGGCAUGGUGAUACCUUGGUGCUCCGGAUGCGAUAGUUCAGCCUUUUUACAAGCUGUCGGCAUUAUCGGCGCCGUCAUUAUGCCGCAUAAUUUAUACCUUCAUUCCGGUUUAGUUAAAUCUAGAGUAAUCGAUCGAACAAAAAAACACAAGAUAUCCGAAGCGAAUUUUUAUUUCUUCAUCGAAUCGAGCAUCGCGUUGUUGAUAUCGUUUUGUAUCAACGUGGCCGUCGUGUCGGUUUUCGCUCACGGCUUAUUCAUGAAAACCAAUCAAGAUGUGCUGCAAGUUUGCCAUUCUACCAACAUCGAUCACCAAGUAUUCUCGAACGAUACCAAGCGUGUGGAAGUUGAUAUUUACAAAGGUGGCGUAUUUCUCGGUUGUCAAUUCGGCACGGCCGCCAUGUAUAUUUGGGCCGUAGGUAUUUUAGCUGCCGGCCAAAGCAGUACCAUGACCGGAUGUUAUGCCGGACAAUUUGCCAUGGAGGGAUUUCUCAAUUUACAAUGGAGCCGAUGGAAAAGAGUAGCGUUAACGCGAUUGGUGGCGAUCUUACCCACGUUUUACAUAGCAUUUUACAAUAAGAUCGAAGAUCUCAGCGGUAUGAAUGAUAUUUUAAACGCCGUAAUGAGUCUGCAACUGCCGUUCGCUGCCAUACCAGUCGUAGCAUUCACCAGCAAUCGUCAUAUAAUGGGCGAAUUUGUUAACGGACCAGCAAAUAUCGUGGUCGCAUUGAUGUUAUCCGCGGUCGUCAUCGUGAUUAAUAUGUGCUUUGUGGUGCACACGGUGCUGUACGAGAUUCAAGUUUCAACCGUUACGCUGGCGUGCAUAUUCAUUUACACCAUAUUCUACCUAGCCAUGUGUUUGUAUCUUCUCGUUCAUCUCACGUUUAGUAUUUCUGGAGACAGCGGCCGAUAUCACAACAAUCGAUUUGUCAAAAUGUUGAUCGGCUCGAAAUUCAUCACAGAAUACAUUCAUUCGUCAGACAACGUAUGCGCCAGAGAGCAUGAUAAAACACUCGACUUGAAAUCAAAAGUUGAUUGUUGACACGACUCCGUCCAUAUUGCGUCGCUGUGCAACAAUUUGUGCUCUUCGCUCGGAUUCAGGAAUCAGCGAAUCAGCUUAACGACUGCACAGUACACACACACUUAUCUCUUCGCAAGUGUAACUAGAAAUCGCCAUUCGAUUCUUAUCGCCAUGUUUACCUAAUUUUGUAUUUUUCUUCUGUUUUAUUUUAUAAAAUGAUAUCCGCGUUUACGUUACGUUACGUUACGAUACAUUAUUGUUGAUGUUUAACACGAUCGAUAUUCGAUACUGAUCCUUUUGUUUGUAUUUGUAAUACUACGUAUUUUCAAUUUUGUGA